AUGUUCAAUAAGAGAGUAUCACAGGAAAGAGACACCCGAAGUACUGGUAUACUAGACAUAGAUGUAUUAUUAGGUGACAUACAUAAUAAAGAUAUAAUAUUACUAAUGCCAGAGGAAGGUGCAAGAUAUCAUACAGCUAUACACAGGAUAUUCAUAUCAAAGGGAUUGGAAGAUAAAGAGCGAGUUAUCCAUGUUUCGGUAGAUAAUACUGUACUAAAUAUACCAGAUAUAGUAAGAAAUAAAAACGGUGUGCAUACAAGAGUAAAUGCAAUGGAAAUAGGCAAUAAAACAGACAGUAGAGUAAAACAGAGCAAUAUAGAUAUUAAUAGUGCCCAGAGUAGACACAACGCACAUGGUUUAGGAGAUGUCAAUCCUAUUACACAAAAGAUCUCGUGGCGGUAUAAGAAUAUUUCAAAGGUAUCUAAUAGUACUAAUAUACACUCAGACACAAAUAGACUAAUUCCUGGGUAUAAUGUGCAGUAUAAUAUGAAAAUAUCACACCCAUUAUCUGACACUGUACUAAAUAUAUCAGAUACUAAUGUGCACAAUGUAUUGGAUAUAUUAGAAGAAGAAAUGAAGAAAGGGGUUACAAGGAUUUCUUUUUCUUCUUUAUUAUUCUAUAAUACGCCUGAUGUAGAUACUUUCUUAUUUUCAUUGCGCAGGCUAGUUAGAAAUUACAACAGCAUAUGUCUUAUGUCUGUGCCUGUAUACAUAUAUAGCAUAUCAUACAGAUACUUCGAUCUGAUACUAAAAUUGCACAGUAAUAUGUUAAAUAUCCCAAAAUAUACUGGAGUAAUAGAGUGUGUGAAGAGCAGAGUACAUAAUAUGCACAAAUAUGCCAUUAUAUAUAAUAGCACAGGAAUAAAGAUAGAAAAAAUAGUAAUACCACCCGAAUAAGUAUAAACACAGAAAGUAUAAAAAUUACAUGGUUUAAUAGAAAGUGUCAGAAGCAGAAUAAAU